AUGGCAGCACGAGUAACCUUAAGAGUCCUCUUUGGAGGUGAAGAGGAUGCAAGAAAACUCUCCAUUGAAUCCGGAAUACCAAGAACUGUGGAGGACUUGGCUCUUAAAAUCAAGACUUUCUUUGAAGUGACUGAGAAGUUCAGACUUCAGUACAAAGACAAAGACAUGGAUAAUCAGUUCAUGAAUCUCUUGACAACAUCAGAACUUGAAGAUAAAGGGACUUUGAAAGUGGUGUACAUGCUUUGUGAGACAACCAGGUCCGCUCCACUCACGGAGGAUGCCUGCUGCACAAUCCCAGGUACUCCUUCCAAAGCCAGCUCUUCAUCACAAGAACCAAGUGAUUCAGACUCCCACUCCAGCAAUGAUACCAUCGUUUUGUCAUCGCCUGAGACCCGGUCCUGCCCCUGGCCUAGACCCUUUGUCGUGCCCCGCUUCUCAUCCUGUGCUGAGAUUAUGCUCCAGAAAGGAAAUGAUGAGUUCAAGGCACAGGGAACUGUUCUGUGUCCUACGCCAAAAGUACGCUCAGAUAUCCUUGAAGGCCUAGCUGAGGAAAUAAUAAAGUACACAGCUUACCCAAGGGAUGAGCAAUUAGAGGAAGUGGCAAAGGCUCUGAUACAGUCACAUCCAUGUUUACUGGAAAAAGUAACACGAACUGGAUACUGUGGCUGGAAGCAUUACCUGAAGAUAAAAAUGAUGAACUUCCGCACCAAGCUGAGCCGAGCUGGACACCCCGAGGUUGCCAUCAACUCUCUGAAAAACAAGCGAAGUGGCCAGCAGUCUCCAGCAGCCAACAUCAAGAAGCCCAGGAAGGGAGAUGUAAAUUUCUGUCCGAACAUCCCUAGUGGUGAAACAAAACACAGUUUGGAGAUGGAAAGGGUGGCUCUACUGAUGGAGGUAAAAAAGAAGAAAAGGGAUGAGGCCCUCAUCAAGGAAAAGAUGCAGCGUACAUUCUCCCUCAGGAGACAGGAGGUUCUCCAGGAGCCAAAGAUUCCAGAGUUUUUCAAUAAAUGGCCAGCACUCUUUGACGUCAUUGAGAUCAACUUGGAGUUUAUGCGGCUGACAACUGUACCACUGACCUCAACAUUUUUGAGGGAACUGGACCGCCUGACCGGCGACCUGUUCAGGGUUUUCAACACUAAAGGGGGAGCUGCAGGGGAAAAAAUCGGAGCCAUGAUGGCAAAGAUGGAGAAUGUAAGUAUUUUUUUGGUCUAACCCAGGGGUGUCAACCUCAUACGCCAUGGGCCAAAAUUAAAAAAUGUGUACAAGUCAAGGGCCGGACUGGUUGUUUAUUGAGAACUUAUUGAAAUUACAUUUUGCUUUAAUGGAGUGUAGUGAAACCAGUUGAGUUCAGGAUGGUCAAGGAGGGAAAUGUUAGUGGCUUGACAUGCGUGUUAAGCCCAGUUCAGACCAAAGAUUCACCUUGCAACGGCUUGCAACGAGAUGGUUUUAGAACGUCGCAGGGGCGGUGUGAACGGGUCGUUGCAAGCCGUUGCAAGGCGUCGCAAGAGAUUGAACAUGUCAAAUCGCAAGGUCCAGUUUUAGAACGCGGCGAUUUAACUAUUCC